AUGACCACUGGUGUAACAAUACUGAAAAUGUUGGAAGGCUUAGAUCAGUCGAAAGCUAUGGGCUUUGAUGAAAUUAUUCCAUAUGUUGUGAAACUUUCUCCAGAAGGUUUUGUUGAUCCAAUAGUUUAUAUUUUUAAAUUGAGUUUUAAAACUGGAUGUGUAAGAUACCAAUGGUCUGUUGUAAAUAUAUCACCAAUUUAUAAAGGUAGAUCAAAACUUGAUCCAGGAAAUUAUAGACCAGUAUCGUUAACAUCAGUAAUCUGCAAAAUGUUUAAAAAACUUAUUCGUGGGGUAAUUUUGGAGCAUUUAGUUUCAAAUGGUCUUAUUUCUGAUGAGCAAACUUGUUUUGUCCCGAACAAAUCCUCCACAACAAAUCUCAUUGAGACUAUUGAUACUAUUACAUAA